ACUCGCCUGCGUACAAACAUUCGUUCCUCUUUCUUAUUACUGUUAUUGUUUUACAUAAUUUUGCGGACAAUGCAACAUAAGUAGUAAUUAAGAUAAAUAUUUUAUUGGAUAAUAUAGUUUGAGCAUUUUACUGUGACAUAUACGGACCGAAACAGCGACAUUACCUGCUAACGGGAACUAAAACUUGAGCAGUUUGCGAGCAAAAUCACAAGAAGCUAACGUUAGCUCAGCUAGCUUUAACAGCGACGUGAGUGGAACAAUAUUGGUACCAGAUAGAAUGGAUCUCGGAAACUCAGGCAGUAGGUUGAAAUUGUGUUUGUGGCGUAACGUCGAUGAAUGUUGAUGCGGUGAAGCGAUCAUUUGUGACACAAUGGACACAGUGGAAGCUCAACCAUGUGAAAAAUGUGGGCAGACUUUCUCAGACAGAGACUUGUUUGCCUCUCACUCCUGCUUAGAUAGGCUGACUGCUCCAGUGAGUAAAAAGCAAUUGAGGAAAUACAAGUGCUCUCAGUGCAGUGAGACUUUUGCCAAGUCAGGUGUCCUGAAACGGCACUUUAAAAGCACCCACAGUGGACCUGACCCUAAAGGUCCAUUCCCCUGCACUGAGCAAAGCUGCCAGUUCAGCAGCAGCAAGCGUCAAGAAUAUCAAACCCACAUGAUGUCCACACAUGGUCUCACUCUUGUUCCUUGCACCCUCCAGUCCUGCAAACUGUCAUUCCUCACGCAAAGUGAGAUGGAGAGACACUUGCCAGACCACAUGCCUUUUGGCUGCUUUCAGUGUCAGUUUGUCACUCAAAAUGUAAAAGACCUGAGAGACCACAUCUCGGAGCACAGCCAUCAGCCAGCUAACGCUCAAGGGGAAGAGACUGAAGCCACACCUGUAUCUACUAAAGGAAGCCACCAGCUUCAGGUGUCUGGCAGCCCAAAACAAAACCCGAUAUCCAAUCCAGGUUAUGUAUCAUCUUUACCAGUCGAUCGAAGUGGGGAUCAGCCUGAUGGAAAAAGGCAAAAUAUUAAAAGAAAGAGAAAAACAAUGGAAAGAGGCAGACCUUCAGCAGUGGACACUGCAUCACUGCCAUCCAAAGACUACCUUGCAGAGGGAUCAGAGCACAUCUAUCGCACUCACACCUGCCCCAAAUGCCGACGCUGCUUCAAGAUGCGCUCCCACCUGCAGGAGCACCUCCAUUUACACUUUCCUGACCCCAGUCUCCAGUGUCCGACCUGCAAGCGUUUCUUCACCAGCAAGAGCAAGCUGCGUGUACAUAGACUCCGCGAGGCAGGUGCAAAGCUUCACCAUUGCCCCUUCUGUGAAUAUUCUGCCGUGGAGCGGAACGCAAUCCGCCGCCACCUCAUCAGCGUGCACGCUGAAGGGGCAGGAGAUGACAUGAACAUUCAGAGCUAUCCCUGCCCCACAUGUGGUCAAAGCUUUUGCCAGAGCAGGUCUCUUAAGGCCCACAUGAAGACGCACAACAUCCUCUCAGACAGUAAGCCACUGGCCUGCUUUCAAGAGGAUUGCUCUUUCCAGAGUUCUUCGCGCAAAGAUCUUCUUAGACAUGCCGCCGAAGUGCACGGGGUCACGGCUCUAGAAUGUCGCCAUCACGCCUGUGGUGCCAUCUUUCAAAGCGAGACGGACAUGGAGGCUCAUUAUCGGACACACCUCGCCUACCACUGUUCACAGUGUGAUUUCUCUUGCUCCAAUAAGAACGUCUUCCUCCUGCACCAGCGGCGUGGUCACCCAGGAAAUGACAAGCUUUGCUGUGACUUUUGCUCCUUUGUCACAUUUAACCCCGUGGAGUUUGAGCAGCACAUUGGACAUUUGCACGCCAAUGAGAAGAUCCAUCGCUGCUCUCAGUGCAUCUACGUGACCUCGCAUAAACGCGGCUUGAAGCGACACAUGCUGAUGCACAGCGGUGAGAAGCCACACAAGUGUAGCCUGUGUGACUUUAGGUGCCGAGAUGAGUCCUACCUCUCUAAACACAUGCUCACCCACUCAGACGACAAGAACUUCAUGUGCACUGAAUGUGGAUAUGUGACUAAAUGGAAACACUAUCUUAAUGUCCAUAUGAGGAAACAUGCUGGAGACCUCAGGUAUCAGUGUGAUCAGUGUCCCUACCGCAGCCACCGCAUGGAUCAGUUAAAUAGCCACAAAUUGCGACAUCAGGCCAAAUCACUCAUGUGUGAGAUCUGUGCUUAUGCCUGCAAGCGUAAAUAUGAGCUCCGUAAUCACAUGUUGGCGAAACAUUCUGGAAAGGACAAACAACCAUCUGUCUAUAAGUGCAAAUACUGCACAUACACAACCAGUUACAGACAAGCCCUCCAAAACCAUGAGAACUGCAAACAUACCAAGCUGAAAGAGUUUCGCUGUGCCCUCUGCUUGUAUUCCUCCUUCAGUAACAUCAGCCUCUUCCUGCACAAGAGGAAAGCUCAUGGGUAUGUGCCAGGGGACAAAGCAUGGCUUGAGAACUACGCUGCAAAGGAAAACGAGAGGAAUUCAACUGAGUUCAUGCAGGACUUUUACAAUAAAUCCUCAACAGCUCUUGAGCAGUUUGAACAGUCCACUUCUGAAGGACCUCCAUCAUCUCGACGAGAACAGUCCGACCUUUUUGGCUCGGCAACUCGCAGUGCCAGCAAAGAAAGUGUAACAGCUUCACAAACUGUUGAUUCUGUGGAUGUUUUUGAUGUUGUUACUCAGCAGGUUGUUAAUGAACGUCCUUCAGUUAGUCCUCCAUCUGUGAACAGUUCUGAGGAAUACUGUACUCUUGUUUUAACAACACUGUCGACCACUGACUACCAGACCCCCUCAUUUCAAAACGAGGAAGAGAUCUGUGCAAAUCAAAUUCCCAGCCCACUCAAAUCAAACCGUCAUGAGUCUGACACAUCACAAGAAAAGGCAGAGUUCUCUGCGUCUUCAUCAGGAGAAGACGAUGUAGCUUUGACAGAUCCGGAAUAUGAACCCUGUGAUGUUGACCACAUCCAUGAGCCUCUGACUAAUGCAAGCCAACCAUUUGAUCCUGAGGAGUGUCACAUUCAAACUCAUGAGGGAGAGAACGAUGGUGGAACAAUCAGUUCCAGUUUUUCAUCCGCGCUGCGUCUGAAAGCUAUGAAGAAGCACGACAAGGACCAAGCAGAGGCCAUGGUUUUGGAGGGACGGGUGCAGAUGCUUGUGGUGCCAACUAAAAACAUUUAUCAGUGUGACAAGUGCCCUUAUGUAACCAGUAAGGAGACUGCUUUGAAGUACCACCGCCAGGCUUUGUGCCACAGUAGGAUGAAGGAACACAAGUGUCAGGACUGUGGUGCACAGUUCAAACAGAAGCGAGGCCUUGACAGCCACCGUGCAAAGAAGUGCCCAACACUUCGGCCAAAAACAAGGGUAUUUGUAGGCAUUUCAAAUGCAAGCUCGGUUUUAGAGGACAGCUCCAUUGUAGAUCAGGAAGGAUCCAAACAAUUGGAUGAAAGAACACAUUCCAGUCAGAUGGGCCUUCAACCACAAAAUUGGAUUUGCACAAAUGAUCAGAAGUUUUGUCGCAGAGAAGCAAGUGAAUUAGAACACCAGCCACACAAAAUUCAGACAAAAAAACUUUUGAAAGGCAAACUUGCGAAAAAGCAUAUGUCUUCCAAUAACCAAAAAAAUGCUACACUGCAGUCACUUUACAUAGAAAAUAAUGGGAAAUUCAAAUGCAAGCUGUGCAAUUUUAUGUCAGUCAGGGUUGCAAUGAUUGAAAGACACCUCUCAUCCUGCAGGGACACUUUAAUGAACACAGAUAGUCAUGAGUGUGAUAACGAGUCAGUCAGAGCAAAAGAGGAUUUGAUAGAAGAGCACCAUCAAAGAACUUCCGACAAACUUCAGACCUUCUCUUGUCCAACUUGUGCAUUUAAAUGCAACCAGAAAAGGGCAUUGGACAGUCAUGAAAUGAAAGGCUGCUUAAAGCCAGGUGAAGUCCAGUGCAACACAUGUUCAUAUGUAGCCAAAUCUAAAACGGCUUUGAUCCGUCACACCCUGCAUGCCCAUACCAGAAAAAAGCUUGCUGCUGUUAAGCCUAAACGUUUACAUUGCCAGCAGUGUUCUUUCACCUGUAAACAAGAACGAUGCAUGGCCCAACAUGUUGCGCUCAAGCACAAAGGUGCCCGACCUCACCGCUGUCAGUAUUGUCCUUUUAGCACCACAAGACGCUAUCGCUUGGAGGAGCAUGAAUCUCUUCACACAGGAAUCGGUCGCCACAGCUGCAAUAUGUGCGAUAAGACCUUCGGGGCUGCAGCCAAACUGCGCCAGCACAAGAUGCGCAUCCACGACAAACAGCCAGCACACUCCUGCUCGCUCUGUGACUUUGGUGGCUACACGCUUGACGAUGUAAGACGGCACAAUCUCAGAUGCCACACGGGGGACUUAGACCAUGCUUGCACUCAUUGUGAUGCUCAGUUUAGUUCAGAAGUUGCCCUGAGAAACCACUGUAAGCGUGUGCACCAGCUCCAGGUCCGUUUCUCGUGUAAACAGUGCGACUACACAUGUAGCAAUGAGGUCACGCUGAAGACCCACCAAGAGAACAAGCACCCUCAGGUAAAGUGCCCCACCUGUCAGGAGUCCUUUAAGACAAAGGAAAUCCUUGCGGUUCAUCAGAGAAGCCACCUGGCUCACCAGUGCCAGCUGUGCCCCUUUGCUACCAAAACAAGGCAGCUGUUGGCUCAACACCUUCUGAAUGAACACGAGGAGGGAUCUCCCGAGGAUAAGCCUCUCAGGUGCAGCACCUGUCAGUUUGCUUGCCGGCAUCAGCUGGUGUUAGAGCAGCACCUACGUUCACACGGAGGCAAGCGGCUGUACAAAUGCACAGUCUGCGAGUAUUCGACCCAGAACAAGCAGAAGAUCACGUGGCACAUUCGCAUACACACCGGGGAGAAGCCUUACAGCUGUGAGCGGUGCACUUACACCUGCACUGAUCCGUCCAGGUUGAAGCUUCACAUGAGGGUUCACCAAGACGAGAGGAAGUACCUUUGUCCACAGUGUGGCUACAAAUGCAAGUGGGCAACUCAGCUGAAGUACCACAUGACCAAACACACAGGGGACAAGCCGUACGCCUGCGACGAAUGUGACUACCGCACUAACAGGGCGGAUGCUCUCCGGGCCCACCGGGACACGCAGCACUGUGACGCACGCCCUUACAUCUGCGAGAAAUGCGGCAAAGCCUUCAAGACCAGUUUUAUUCUGAAGACCCACCAGCGUCAACACAGUGACGAUCGGCCCUACGCGUGCGGCUUGUGCCACAAGGCCUUCCGGUGGCCGGCCGGUCUCAGACAUCACUACCUCUCGCACACCAAGCAGCAGCCUUUCUGCUGCCGCCACUGCUCCUACAGAGCCAAACAGAAGUUCCAGGUGGCCAAACAUUUGCAGAGACACCAUCCAGAGGUGUCAGUGGAGCAGGGGGUAGUGAGGGACUCUGAGGCAGUCAGCCUGACCCUGAAGGAAGCCUUGCGGGGGACACUGGAUGAGAGAGCAGCAGAGAUGGAGGAGGAGAAGGAGGAGGAAGAAGUAGUUGAAGAGGUUGUGCAAAGAGGCUGAAGACAGGGCACGAUCAUAAGAGCAUAAAAAUAAAUUGUGCAAAAUUAGAAAUAGUUUUGGUUCCUGUUUUUGAGUUGAAGUAGAAGAGGAAAGACUUUUUCUGUGUUUCAACUCCUGAAAAACGGCAGCGAAAAACAAAAGUGUCGCGGUUAUCUUUCUGUGCAGUGCACUGGUCACCUGCUGAUGGCUGUCACUGCCUUAAGGAAUUUAACUUUCACAUCAGUAUUACCUGACGACUUGAUUUUAUAUUUUGUAUUAGCUUGUAAAAGGCGAAUCAGUAAACGUCAAGUGUGAGAAACUGGACUGAAGGAAAGUGUGUCCUGUGAAAAAACUGCCUUUAAGUGAAUAAAUGAACUUGAACUGUGAAA